AAACAGCCCAAAUACACAUCUGUAGUCUGGAAUUCAAGCACUCUUUGGACACCAAAUCGCUCGGUUCGCGACUCUCUGCGCUCCUUUCUUCUUUUUUUUUUUACAAUACGACUAUACGACUAUUUCGCUUCCCUACGAUUCGUGGCGCGCGUGACCAGAAGCAACAAAAUACGGCCUAAGUGCGGUGACAGGCGACAAUAAAUAUUGAUGUGACAUACAAAAGCGAAAGCUGCCAAAAAAUAGAAAAAAACACACAUUUGAAAAGCAGCUAGGGACGCAAGCGGCCAACAGGAGACAGCCAGGCGCUACACGGAGAAAGAAAUCGAGAGAGAGAGUGUGAGAGAGCGACAGGACCUUCGCUCCCAGAGAGAGAGAGAGAGAGUGACAGGCGAUCAACAAACGGGAUACAGGGUGUCAUGUGGAGUCCAACGCACUGCAAUGUAACGGUGCUGCGGGCGCGGGGGUUGCAGACCAAGGGCAAGAAUGGCACCAACAACUGCUUCGUCACCAUCGCCCUGGGCAAGGAGAAGUACCAGACCUCGGUCAAGGACAAGUCCGAGCCGAGUGUCAACUGGAACGAGGAGUGCGAGCUAAAAAUCCCUGAUCAGGGCAAUCGCGCCGAACUCACUCUGACCUGCCUGCACAGGAACAACCUGAGCCUGGACGAGUUCCUCGGUCAGGUGACUCUGCCCCUCAACGAGAUGGACGUCUAUGACCGGCCCAGGGCCAAGUGGUUCAAGCUGGAGAGCAAGCCCGGCAAGGAGAAGAAGAACAAGGAGCGUGGUGAACUGGAGGUGCGCAUCGCCUUUGUGGUCAAGUCCGGCUCGCUGACCGAUCUCAGCAAGAAGGACAAGCACAAGUCUUCCAUCGGCCAGCUGGCCAGUUCCGUCGGCGGCAGUCUGCUGUCCAUCGGCAAUGGAGAGAAGCGGCGUAGCAUCAAGAAGCUGGCCGGAUCGCUAAGCUCCAAACUGCACAUCCGCAGCAAGAAGAAACAGGAGGCGGGCGGCGAUGAUAGCAGUUCGUUUGGCGGCUCCUUUGCCAGCCUGGGCACGCCCAACAGCUCGACGGGAAGGGGCCAGAACGGCGGCAGUGGCCGGCGACGUGGCGGCCAGAGGGCGGGCGAAGCAGAUCCUGGGGUGAUUAGCGAGGAUGAGGAUGAGUUUGUGUUCGACAAUCUAUCGCACAAGAGCUCUGGCAGUUCGCUGAACAUCCAGCGGUCGGGACUGCAGCCUCCGGCGGCCGGUACGCCCAACUUCGCCCCACGGCAUCCGUCGCCCUUGCUGAACAACAACAACGGAGUGAGCAGCGCGGCGGCCAAAGGUAAGCCAGCGGGUAGGCCAGCAACCCUCGAUGAGGACGAUGUGCCCAUCGACGCGGAGAUGGAACAGCUUGAGCUCGAUUUCAGUGUCCGUGCCCAUGCUCGUGCGAAUUCCAGCGCAGUCGGAGGAGGAGGAGGUGGAGCUGGUAUUGGAGGUGGACUUGCCAGUACUCUCCCACCAUCAAAGCCACCGCGUAUUCCGGAACAGCUGGAGAGGGAGCGGGAGCGUGAAAGGGAGAAGGAACGUGAACAGGAUCGGGAACGGGAACGGGAACAGAAGCUGGAGAUGGAGCGGAAGAAGCAGCAGGAGUUGGACGCCACCACGGACGAGUGGGCCUCCAAGCUGUAUGGCGGUGGAAAGUUCCUGGAGAUUGGAACUAGUGAUUCCCUGAAACGACGCAGCUGGGAGGCUCGUGUCCCGAUCCCCGCCAGCACCGACGAACCGCCGCCAGUGCCCACGUCCAGUUCGUCGUCUAGUUCGAGCUCGGAAAGUGACGAAGAGGAGCCGGAGGUGGUAGCGAAGCCACCAUCACCCAAGGCAGCAGCACCACCACCACCAUCCCAACCUGAAACCCAGAUUCCUUCAGUUAGCACUCCAGUGGUGGUGCCAGUUCCAGUGGUGUCCACCCCGAAAGUGCCCACUCCUGUGGUGUCUUCGCCUGUGGUGUCCUCUCCGGUGGUGCCUUCCCUGGGAGUGCCCGCUCCACUGGCCUCCUCUUCGUCCCUUUUCUCGCCCGAGGUAGAGCACCGCAACUUCGACACCUUCAACGCCAGCUUCGCCAAGUUCGAGCAGCGCAACAGCACUGCCAUCUUCGCGGACGAGCCGGAGCUGGAGGACCUGGAGCCAGAGCCAGAACGGAUAGCCCCCACGCCCACAGCACGCCCCAAGCCCCAGCCCAGGGUGCUGAUCGAUCCCCGGGCGGAGGAGGAGAAGGCCCGUCAGCAGCGGGCCGAGGAGGAUGCCCGCCUGGAGGCGGAGCUCCGGCUGAACGAGGAGCGUCUGCGCGAAGAGGAGGCUGCCCUGCAGCGUGAACUGGAGGAGGAGGAGGCGGAACGGGAGCGGGAACGCGAGCAGGAGCUGGAACGUCAGAAGCUGGAGGAGCAGCGACGUCGGGAGGCCAAGCGGUGGGAGGAGGAUCAGCGCCUGCUGAGCUUCGCCAAGCGAUCCACAUCGCUGGAGGAACCGCCGGUGCCGGUGCCGGUGCCGGUGGUGGGCACCAAAAUCAUAGUGCCCGUGGACCCGGAGGCCGAGGUGGAUAUAGAGCUAGACCAGGAGCCGGAACACAAUUUCCUAACGCCCGAGCAAUCGCCCAAGGAGUUCCAGACGAACGGCGGCGAGAAGCGGCUGGGCAAGUUCAAGUACGGGAACAAGCGAGAUAAAUAUAAUAAUGAGAAUGAUAGCAACUCGCCCAGUCCCAAGGCCACGGAAAGGAUCAUAAUUGGCCACGAGAAGUCACAAUCGCAUGCAGACCGUCGAUCGGAGAUCUCUGCCCAGUUGGCCAAAAAAUACGAAGGCAAAUCCCGGGAGGAACUAAUGCUAAUUGCCAAUGGAAUGGAGAAUGAGGCUUUGCUGCAACGGCAGCGGGUUAAGGAACUGGAGGACUAUCUGGAUAACCUGCUGCUCCGGGUGAUGGAGACACAUCCGAAGAUCCUGCAGAAUCCCUACUCGCGCACCACAUCCGCCAAGAGCGGUUAAAAAAGCCAAACUUGUCACACAACACACUUACAUAAAUGAAGCUUCAAGGACUUCCUACGUCAGGAUCUGGAUGAGAAGGACGCCAAUAAAAAGAGGAAUUAUUUGUAAAAAAUAUUAAGAAACUAUCAAACACCAAGUUGCCUUUGUCGUGGACAGCGAAAUUCAAGUGCUUUCUAAACAAAAAAAAAACAAUCCUAAAGAAGGAUAUCCUAAACUAAAUUAUAUAGGCCUUAAGGACUUAAGGCUCAAGGACUUGCUGAUACUGAUAUUCCCGUACUUUUCCCCGUACUAAAAAAAAAAAGAACUAAAUUAUUUGUACUAUACACCCACACUCACACACACACACACAACAAGCCCUUUUAUAUAUACUAUAUUUUUUAAAUCUAUAUGUUCUCUCGAUGUGUCCCCCGAUUCGAGUCCUUUAUCGAUUGAUUGAAAUUAUCUGAAAGUAUUUUGUUUUUUUUUCUAUGUCAAAUUUUUAUGUAAUAUUUGUUGUGCAAAAAAAAAAAGAGAGAAAAAAGUGAAAAGUUUGAGCCGUUUUUUUGUAAAGUGUCGCCGGGGAAAGCGACCUUAGUGAAUUAAGUCUUAAAUUAUUUAUGUUUUAGUGCUUAAGUCAAGGGGCGGGAAAAGCGGGGUCACCAAUUGGCCCCAAAAUCACACACACACACACACACCACACCACACACACAGUUGAAAUAUGUUGAUACUACUAUGAUUUUACUUAUUGAUAUACAACUCAAACAAUAAAAAUAUUUUUAACAUUAAUAACAAA